AUGGAUACAGUUGUUCGAAGACUGCAAUUGGAACAUAAUCAAACAUUGAUGCUAUGGUGGUACAAAUAUUAUCUGAGAACCUUGCCUUUAGAUCCACAUAGGGUUAUUACUCAUGAUUGUAAAAGCUUGAAUAAGCACGGCAUUAUGAUCCCGUUUCUACGGAACGGUGGUUACCGAAGCUUCUUCAACCUUUCAUCUUUGUCUCAUAUGAUCCCCAGACCUAAACAAAUACAUAUCCACAACAUCAAGGAUUUUGUCUUCAAGCAAUCGCCAUCAAGUGUGAAGCGCAACUUGAAGUCUUACACAACCCUCUCCAACACCUUCACAGCCCCCAUAAAUCCCAAUUACUACCCAUUGCCUAAAAGAUUGAAGCUCGGAUUUGUUCUUAUUCUUCUUUGCCAAACCGACUACACGCUUUGUGUGGAAUUCCUUAACCUCCAUAGCUGCGUGCUUCAUGUGAGGGAGGACCCACUUGCUCUGUUACGGUUUUGCAUCUACCUUGUAAGUGUCUUGUUUUUAGCUUCAUCUACAAUCUUGAGUUUUGGUUCUAAGAGAUUGAAGGACUUUGAUCCAAUGCUUUUAAACCUACUCAUGCUGGUGAGAAACCCAAUUUGUGUCUCCUCUGUGGAGCAAUCUUUCAAAAGCUCGGAUGCAUUUGUUGCAAGAGCCGUCUAUGACCUUUUGGUCGAGGAUUCCGCGAAGCCCGUCUUCAAGGUCGAAUCGGCUAUGGUCCCAAAAGAUUCUCCAAAAAUUGCAAGCUUCUCAAAGUUUAUCAUCCUUUUGGAAAACUCAUGGAACCCUUAUCUGCUUUUUCAUUGUAUUAUCUUUGUUUCAAGUUGUGUGAACUUCCCUCUUUUGAGGUUUUAG